AUGGCCCCAGGCGCUUACCGGGCGUCGACCGGUGAACUGGAUAGUCGCGAAUAUGACCGGGUGUCGUUUGAGCGGGAUCGAGAGCGAAGAGACUGGCACGGCGACGAGCGAGUGAGCCGGCACGAAGAAGACGAGAUUUCUAUUAGCAGCCGACGAGGAGGUCCACCGCCACGACCGCGCGACCGAUCUCCGCCCAUCGACUGGCCGCCGCGGGGUAGCCGGACGUUUGAGGACGAUCGGGUAGUGCACGAGCGGCGGCGGAUUGUGGACGACGACGAUAGCAGCAGCCUGCAGUCUGGUCCUCCUCGCCGACGCCGAGAGCCACCAAGACCAGCCGUGAUCGAUGGCGAUGGGAACCGACGAGUGUUUGUGGAGAAGGAGAUUGAACGGCUGACGAUGCGCGACCGGUCGCCACCGCCACCAAUGGUCCGUCCGACGCGGCUGGUGCGCCGGCAGUCCAGCCUCGAUACGUUUGACCGACAGCCGGCACGGCGGUUCCACGACCACAUCGAGGAGAUGUAUGAACGGACACCUGUGCGGCUGGACGACGUCCGAACACGGGUCGACGAUGUGUACAUUGACGUGAACGGCGGCUACCGCAAAGGUCGCGAACAUGACGGCUUCCACGAGACCAGGCUGGUGCACAAGACGAGUCGGCGCCGCCACAGCCGGAGUCCAAAGCGGCCGAGCAGCAGCAGCAGCAGCAGUGCCAGCGUCAGCUCAGCCAGCGUCAGCAGCGGCGGUGUGGCGCUCAAGGGCACGCGCAGCGAGUACCCCAAGAAGGGCAAGACCCGUAUGCCGGCGCGACUGGUCUCGGAGCGGGCGCUCGCCGACCUUGGUUACCCCUUCAUCCGGGAAGGCAAGACGAUCGUAGUGCAGGUGGCACUGGGCCAGGACAACAUUGACGAGGUGCUCAAGCUGAGCCAGGACUACAAGAAGAGCGAGAGCGAAAUGGUCGAAUCCAAGACGACAAAGAUCACAAAGAUAACCACAGGUGGUGGUAGCCGAGGCGGCAAGGUGGUUGAGGAGGAGCGACGGGAGGAAAGGCACCGCGAUGAUGUUUACAUGACGCCAGCUAUGUACUCACCGCCGCCGAUGGCUCCGCCUCCGCCUUCGGUCUAUGCACCGCCGCCCGGACCGCCGCCCAACUACGUGUACCAGAACGAGGUGCCUCCUCCGCCGCCACAGCCUCCACAACCAACAGAAUACAUGACGACGAUCAAGAUCCGGGACGACUCGCCGGAGCGCAUGUUCACAACAGCCGCGACAGGACCCACGUCGAACUCAUUGGCCCUGGUGCAGCCGACAUCGCGAUCGCUGGCUCCGGUGGUCAUUGAUGCCGGCGGUCCGUCCGAGUACUCCGCCUACUCGACCUACUCGACCUACGGGGACGACUAUCCGUCUGGGCCGGCGACCAUGAUCGUCGAUCGCCGCCACCGUCGGCACCGGUCACAUUCGCACUCGCACUCGCACUCGCGCUCGCACUCGCGCGGCGAUGGCGCGCUCUACGCCCACGUCCACGACGGUUAUCACCACCAUCACCACCACCGUGACCGCGAGCUGGUGCGGACGGAGCGGCUCAGCACGGGCGAGCUGGUCGUGUACGAGGACGAGGUCGAGCGGAUCGUGGAGCCGCACCGUGGCGUGCGCAUCGAGAAGGACAAGAAAGGUCCACCGCCGGCUCUGAUGAGAGCCAUGCUUGCGACCUUGACUUGA